UUUCUGCCUCUGGCAUGCAAAGCUGUCCCAGCUGCUGAUGCCAGGAGCCUUCUUCUCUUGCUCCCCCACAGCUCUAUCAAAGGGGUGGCAAAGCUGGGGGUACUUUUCCCACGACUGGGGCUGAUGAUGUUGCAUGUCCGCAGGUGGUUGAAGUUUGAGGAGGACGUGGAAGACGGCGGCGAGCGCUGGAGCAAGCCCUACGUGGGCACACUGCCCCUGCCCAGCCUCUUGGAGCUGAAGAGCUUCAUCACCAGUGGGACGGUGCUGCUGGACAUCAGUGCCAGCAGCAUGGAGGAGAUUGCAGAUGCCAUCCUGCAGCAGCAAGGACAGCUCACAGGGCCUGAGGAACAGGCACGGGCAAGAGUCCGAGAAGUUCUUCUGAUGCAGCAUCAGCAUCAGAAGAAGAAGGAGAGGAGCUGCUGGCUGCCCAAGGCUGUGGCACCAGGAGCACAGGAAGACGCCAGGAGCUGUCGAUGGCAGCGCUUUGCCAAGCCAGCCGGGGAGACACACUGGCUCUGUGGAGGGCUCAUCCGGGACGUGAAGUGCAGAGCCCUGUGGUACUGGAGCGACUUUCGCGAUGCUCUCAGCCUGCAGUGUCUGGCGUCCUUCCUCUUCCUCUACUGUGCCUGCAUGUCCCCGGUCAUCACCUUUGGGGGACUGCUGGGGGAGGCGACCGAAGGCCACAUCGGUGCCAUGGAGUCCCUGCUGGGUGCCUGCCUGUCCGGUGUGCUCUACUGCCUCUUUGCGGGCCAGCCUCUCACCAUCCUCGGCAGCACCGGGCCCGUCCUUGUCUUUGAGAAGAUCAUCUACCAGUUCUGCAAGUAA